GGAGGGAGGGAGGAGGGAGAGCGAGGAAGAGAGCUAGGCAGCCUUUCAGUUGCUGCGGGCCAAGAAGGCAGGUUGGGCGCUGUGGAUACUCUUUAAACACACCUCCUCACCACCGGCACUCACACCCAUUUGCACACUUCCACACACGCGGACACACAGCAGCAGGGGCAGGUGAGAAAGACCCUGAGCAGGGUCCUGAGGAGCCCGACUCCCACCAUCCAUUUCGCUGCGUCUGGGGCAACUGCAGAUUGCCCUGCCCUGCUCAGCCCAACUAAGCCGAGCCACCCUUCGGACCCCGACCCGCUGCCCUCCUCGGGGGCAUCUCGGACACUCGGCAGGAAUGAGGGGAGAAUCUUAUUUCAUUGGAAUGAGAAAUCCUGGGCAAUAUGGUCACCUCUCAGAAGAUGGAGGACUUUUCUUACUAUACUGCAUAGAUAGAGACUGGGAUAUAACAAGAUGUUUCACAGAAGAAGCCUUUCAAGCAAUAACCGACUUCAAUGACCUUCCAAAUGCUCUAUUUGCCUGCAACGUUCACCAGUCAGUAUUUGAAGGAGAAGCCAGUAAGGAGAAAUUCGAGGGACUGUUCCGCACUUAUGAUGACUGUGUGACGUUUCAGCUGUUCAAGAGUUUCAGACGUGUGCGAAUAAACUUUAGCAAUCCCAAAUCUGCAGCUCGGGCCAGGAUAGAGCUCCAUGAAACACAAUUCAGAGGGAAGAAGUUAAAACUUUACUUUGCACAGGUUCAGACCCCUGAGACAGAUGGAGACAAGCUUCACUUGGCACCCCCUCAGCCAGCAAAACAGUUUCUCAUCUCACCUCCUGCAUCACCUCCUGUGGACUGGCAGCCUAUCAGCGAUGCCACACCAGUCAUCAACUAUGACCUUCUGUAUGCUGUUGCAAAGCUUGGACCAGGGGAGAAGUAUGAACUUCAUGCAGGAACUGAGUCCACCCCAAGCGUUGUAGUGCACGUGUGUGACAGUGACAUCGAGGAAGAAGAAGAUCCAAAGAAUUCUCCAAAGCCAAAAAUCAUUCAAACCCGGCGUCCUGGCCUGCCGCCACCCCCAGUGUCUAACUGAGCUUCCCUCCACGCCUCAGACAACACAAUCACUUCUUCUCUUUCACAUGCUUUCCUUUCUUGUUGGCUUAUUUUUAUUAGGUCGGUUAUGUUUAAAGGAAUUGGUUGCCUUCAAAUCCCUGGACAUUUAGUUCACUGGGACCCCCACCUCUUCCUUAUAUUGAAACCUCUCAACAUAAGGGCUAGGAAAAGGGGAUCUGUUUCCUGAAUUCUGCCAUUUACUACUAACCCUAAUGCAUCUUUUAGGAGGGUCUAAAAUAAAUAGCAUUUUGUUCUUAAGCCACUAUUACAUCUCAGAGCUAUGUAUUCAAAAGCCAACCUAAACCAGAGAUGUCAAUCAUGAAUGUCACUGUUUGGGGGGAGGGGUGCUUUGGCUUUCUCAAUCCCCAUACUGAGGUGUAUGCAUUUUCUUUCCUGGCCACAAUAAUAGGACCAUAUGUAAACUUGAAUUUUGAUUGCAUGAGAUUCCAUUCAUUGUCUCUCACCCAGUCUCUGCACCCAACAUCCACAUGAUAUGCAUGGUCACCAGCACUUGUUUUCAUCAUUUGAGGUAAUGGUAACCCAUUCGUGGUAACCCAUGAAAUUCCCCAUGUCUAGCAGAGAACUCUCUAGAGAGGAGCUUUGUUAGGAUUGUCUACCUGGACAGGUCUUAUUUUGUUUUCUGAUGUACUCACUGUUUAGAAUAAAACAUUUCCUUAACACUGUUAACAUUUCUGGAGGGGAAAACCAAGUCUAGCACCCAAAGAUGUUUCUUGAUGUAUUUUGAGUAUUGUUUCCACACAGUAGCUACCACAUCCCAUCUAGGAGGUAUGUCCAGGGUGACAGAGACUGACUUUAGCAGAAGCUGUUUGUUAUUAUGGCUUUCUGGUAUCAGAACUAUUUGUUGUUGGGGUUUUUUUCCCCCUUUCCUUUCUUUCUGUGUAUAUUUGUACAAAUGUUUCAGCUGUGCUUUUGAAAUCAGGAACUUUUUUUUUUUGAUUUGGUGAUUGUUCAGCCAUCACCUGCCUGGAAACAUAACUCAUGCAUUGCUGUUAACGCAUUCAUAGAAUAUUACAGCUGUUAUGAAUAUUACAGUAUCUUAUGGAUAAUAUUGAGUAUUGAAGGGGCACCAAGAUUACUUCAAUGGCAUAUAAGUAAAGAGCGAGCAUCUUUGUUAUUGAAAUCUGUUUUUAAAAAGUUAUCAAAUGUGAGCAUCAUUUGAAGGUGGUUUAAAGAGAACAGCAGCUGAGCAAACUAAAAUGAGAAAGAGAAAAGAUUAAUGGGAAACUACCCUACUCCUUCAAUGCCCACAUACUGUACAUACAAGACAUUUGUUUUAGUUUGUGAUUUUCUAUUUCUCUAUCCCAAAGUGCAUUACAGAAUAUACACCUAUAGAACCAUUACCUUCUCUGCUGUAUGUUCCCGGCCUAGGUCAUCUACUACUGUCCAUUAAUGAGUUAGUCUAGAUGUGUGAUGCCAGUUAUGAUGGAGUGGGAAAAAUCUUUUCAUUGCCCAAGCCGUAGAACAAAACAAAAUAAUACAGCCAAAUGACUGAAGGGAUUUCAUGGUUUUUGACUAGGGUGUAUAGCUCAGGCUCAUCAGAGACUGAAGUCACAUAGAAUGUUCAUUCAGAAAUUAGAAGUCCUUUUUACUGUGAACAUAGCAAUACAGUACUGUACUGCAGAGGGGAAACUGGGGGGAGGGGGGUUGGGAGGGAGCUUGUUAGAGUUCCUCCAGCUCUAACAAACUGGAGAAGGGGCUUAUAAGAUACUGAGGUUCCAAAAUGGCUCCUGUAAGGAAAGAAAAAAAAAAGGAAGAGAAGUAUAUGAAUAAAUGUUCUGGCUUUCACUUGCUGCAGAGGUUGCUUUCACUAGAGAGUAAAGAGAUUUAACAGUGAGGGCAUACUGCCCUCUAGUGGAACUCUUAUCCGACCCUUUCCAUUAAAUUAAUACUACCCACCCUGUCCAAACGUUUCAGCAAUUCACUCAAUAGUGAAGUCCCUCAGUCUGAUUUUAUAGGCUCCUUGCCAAUCAAUCAAUGAGAAUGUUUUAAAAGCACCUAGUAGGUGUCAGUCACUGGACUAGGAGAUGGGAAAACAAAGACAAAAUGGAAAUCACCCCUGCCUUCAAAGAACUUGCAUUCUGUUCUUACAGAUUACCCAGAAUAUAGGCUCCAAAGAAAUUUGUAUAAGGGAAUGUGGAACUCCUAUUUUCCAGUUAGCUUACUAGCCCUGCCGGCAAAUCUAUCAUACCUUUCAGACCAAGUACAAUAGAAUGCAACACCUUCAUAGAAUUCAGGUUCAAUAUAGUAGAUCUAAUCUCACCAGGUAGUCAGAACAGAUAACAAAGUCUUUCCCAGUCUCAGGGAAAAUUUGUCCCCCAAGCUAAGUGCAUCUUUCACUGGGCCAGGUUUGCAUUGAAAAAGAGAGCUUGGUUAUCUAGGUGAAUAAGGAACUCAGAUUCAACGGUACCUCCUAGCACUGUGAAAGUCAGAAUUGCCUCAGCAUUUCCAUGGACAUGCAUUAUGCAAACCUCUUUAGCACUAUUUUCAGUUUGAAGAGUGUAAAAAAAAAAAGUGAGAGGUUCCCACCGAGUGAAUCAUUUGUGCACGUGUAUAACUCAGAGAGCUUAGACUUCAAAUAAAUCUGGUGAAUGAUA